AUGGCCCUCAUCACAUUGGUGCAACUGACCAUUGUGGCACUAUUCACACCCAUGGUGGCUAGCUGUGAAGUCCAACACAUCAAGAAGACCAAUAUGGUGUUCAACAUGCAAGAUUGGGGGACAGGUCCGAAUCCGACCGCCAUUUCGGUAGCCGGUCGGAACCUCACAUCUUCGACAAUAACCAGCUUUGGAACUAUCAUAGCAAUCGACGAUGCUGUAACCGAAGGCCUGGAUCGAAAAUCAAAGGAGUACAAUGAGAGCACACUGGAGAUACAAGGGUCCGACCGAGCCAACCUCAAGCAGAGGGAGGUUUCGGUGGUGUCCGGCACUAGCUUGUUUCGGUAUGCCAAGGGCUAUGCUGUCUUAGAGACUGCCUACAUUGACCUUCCCAACCUCAAUGCAGUGAUCAAGUUCAAUGUAACCGUUCGACACCCUUGA